AUGCAGCUCCUGCUUCUGCUCUCCUGGGCGCUGCUGCCAGGCUGUGGGGCGGUGAUGAGGUCCUGGACUGUGCGGGGAUAUCUGGGGGGGUCCCUCUCAGUCACCUGCACGUACCGGCCUGGCCUGGAGAAGAACCCAAAGUUCUGGUGCAAACCAGGAACACUCCUUACUUGUGCUGAGGAAAUCAUCAUCACCUCGGAGUCACAGCCCGUGGUGCAGAAGGGUCGAUUCUCCAUCCGGGACAACCGCACACGGCGGGUGUUCACAGUGACCGUGGAGGAUCUGGCCAAGGAGGAUGCGGGAAUAUACUGCUGUGGGGUGCGAAAGGCAGUGUACCAGGUUGAUGAGAGUGCUUCUGUGAGGGUGAUCGUGUUGCCACCCACCCCAUCACCAGCCUCCACCACAAGCAAGCACACUGACCUGACUAGCUCUGUAACACGCCCCACACAGACAACUCCCCAAGGGGGAACUGUGCAUGUGACACCAAAUCCCUCCAGCAACCAAAGAUUGAACGUGGUUGAACACAUCCUCGCUCCAGGCAUGGUAGUGGUUCUUCUUUUGCUUGCAGUGGCUGCUGCUGUUCUGGUUAUGCUGUCCAGGAAGAGGAAAAAGGCCCUCUCCGGAGCAGCCAUAGAGAUGGACAGGACUCGCAGUGUUUCACACACAGGAGCAGAUGCCUUGAAUUAUGCAGACAUUAACCACCACAUGGGCACAGCCAAGAGCCAGCUGUACAGCAAUGCCGAGGCUUUCCGCAGCCUGGAAAACUCCUCAGUCGAGUACGUGGAAGUCAGGCACGGUGCUAAGCCUGUGGAAGAGGAAACAGAGGCGAUAUAUGCCAGGGUGCAGAAGCCUGUGCGGCAGCAGGAACAGAUCUACAGCAACGUGCCACCAGCUCCACGGCCCAGCGAGGAGCCCAACAGCACAGCUAGGGGGGUGUGAGCCAGCACCCGGCCCCAUGGGCUGCUCCUGCUGCCAGGAGUGUCACUGGGACCUGCAUGGAGGGGAUCACAUUGGCAUUCCACUCAGGCAGGAGCUGGCUGGACAGUGGAGCUGCUGCUCUCCAAGGCUGAGGAUGUUUGCUUGGAGCGACGCUGGGGAGGAUGAGGUUGAGAGGAGACACAGAGCGGGAUGAGGAGAAAAUCAUCCCUUUGCAUUUGGAGUCCUCAUCCAUACAGCAGUGGUGCUGGGAAUAAAACCUUCCCUC